AUGCCUCCCCGAAUUCGAACAGUUGAGGGUUCUUGCUGGUCGUGCAAGGAGCGAAGGGUUAUAUGCGAUCUCACAACACCGGCUUGCACGAAAUGUACAAAGACUGGAAGGGACUGCUCCUAUGGCACUGUACGCCUUAAAUGGACCGACUGUGUAGCUUCUCGAGGACGAUUUGCUGGGAAGAAGAUACCGUUAUAUCAACCGCCUAUGGUCCGCAAGAACAGCGACCACCAUCUCAUGUAUUUCGAGAACGAACUCCUCCCGCGAUUCAACCUGACGAACACGGUCCCGGUCAUCGAUUUGAAGUCACUAGAGAAGGAUCCGGUAUUGCUCCAAAGUGUCAUCGCCGUCGCGCAUGCUCAUGCGGCUUAUCGGGGUGGUGAUGGAAACGGCUCGAGCCUGCAGAGGAUACACAGUCGAAAUCGGGCGUUAAAGGCGUUUCGCGAGCAGUUGAUUUCGCCAUCGGACGAGACCACCGGCAGUUUGUUCAUCGCAAACGUUCUGCUUUGCAUCCUGGAUGGCAUAAUCGAGCCUGUGUGCGAUAGUUCUGCUACUCAUCAUCAUCUAGUUGGAGGCAAGGCGAUAUUGAAGCAGUGGGCGGGCGCUAAGAGUGUGAUUCAAUUAAAACAUGAGCUCCCUGUGUUGAUGUUGUCAAUUUUUGCUACCAUGGAUCUUACGCAUUCUUUGCUGAUCGGGGAUGCGCCAUACUUCCAAAGCUCGAGUUGGCCUGAAUUUGGGGAAACCCAAUCUUGGUGGGGAUCCGUCAAGUCUGACGAUGACUUUCUGGAGACGAUGUCUAUUCUUGCACAGCUAGCUGAUCACGGCGCCGCGACUCGAAUGAAGACACGGACAGUUGAAAUCGGGACGUUGUUUUCGAUCCAAGGUGCCUUGGAACAGCAGGCGACUCGUCAAAAAGAUGUCGAAAAACACACUGGUCAUGCUGCAUGGGCUGCAUUCUGCGCUGUAUACCGAUAUGCUGCUUUUGUAUACCUCUACCGUGCUUUGAGCAGCCUUGAUGUUGAUCACGAUCUCGUGCAGUUGGCUGUGUCGGGUUGUAUCGAUAUCAUUGCUGGCAGGGAGCUCCCUGAUACGCUUCAACACUGCAUCCUCUUCCCUCUUCUCGUCGUGGCUUCGCAUUGUAUUGUUCCAGAGCAACGAAAGGUGAUACGCAAAAGCCUUGAGACAUCGUCAGUCUAUCUUUCUUUCGAGAGUCUAAGGUCGCUCGAAGGAUUCUUGGAGCGUCGGUGGUCACUGUUAGACAACUCCCCAGUAACUGUGCAGUUGACCUGGUGGGAAUAUUUCGAAGAAAUUGCGAAUGUGUCCUGUCUGUUCUAA